AUGGCCGGCGCUGGGGGUGAGAAUGCGACGGCCACCGGAACCAAUACCACUGGAGCUUCAGAACGCUCAGAAAAGCUAACAACGCCCUAUUUAACAAAAUAUGAAAGAGCCAGAGUGUUAGGAACACGUGCUUUACAGAUUAGUCUCAAUGCACCUGUGAUGGUUGAAUUGGAUGGUGAAUCAGAUGCACUUGCUAUUGCUAAUAAAGAGCUGAGAGAGAAAAAGAUACCUUUGAUUAUUCGACGCUUCAUGCCAGAUGGAACAUAUGAAGACUGGAAAGUAAAAGAUUUAAUCGUCGAUAAUUAA